CAAAAGUGAUUUAAGAACCAACCUUAGAGAUAACAUCAACAUUGGCGCCAAUAAUUGUAUUAAAUGAUUAUUCCAUUUAGAUGUGGGUUCAUUUUAUUUUUUUAUCUCACCACCCUAUACUCUCUCCUACAGGGGUUCGUCUUUGUAGGUGGCGUUCUACUGAAUAUAAACCAGGCUGUAGCUACUGACAUGAUACUGUCGGUAGUAAUGCCAAAUUCCCGUGGCACAGCAAUAGCCUUGCAGUCUAUUAUAGCGCAGUUAGCAGGAGGGGUAUUUGCCCCAUUUAUCAUUCAGAAGAUUUCUGAUGCGAUCCAGAUGUGGCAACCAGAAACCAGCCCAAUGCGCUGCUUGCAAUAUGCCUUGAUAAUAUUGGCAAUUCUGGCAUUGAUUGGAGGAUGCUUCUUCCUCUGUACAAACUUUUGUAUUGAAGAGGAUCGGAAAGUAGUUGAACAGGCCCCCGCCCCAAGCCCACCACCUGAAUUGAACCUACAGGACAUACUGGUGUACGACUCUGAAGAUCCUGGAUAUGCUGCUCAGCCUUCUCUAGAAUUGGCUCCUGAGUCUCCAGAUCCUGCUCCAGAACGACCUGCUCAGCCUGCAGAUCUUGAUACAUGCCGGUUCUGCUGCUUUCCGUUUCUAGGACUGGCUCCUAAGCUUUCAAAUCCUUCUCCAGAGAUACCUGCUCAGCCUCCAGAUCCUUCUGUAGGACUGGCUCCAGAUCCUGCUCCAGAACUACCUGCUGAGUCUCCAGAUCCUGAUACAUGCAGGUCCUGCUGCUUUCCCUUUCCUAGGACUGGCUCCUGA